UGUUGCCCCGGGCAGCCCCGGCCCCCGGAGGCGCAGGGGCGGGCUCGGUGCGGGGGCGAUGCCCCGGGCGCGCUCCGCUGGUGCAGCUCAGCCGCGCUGACGCGUCUCCUCCUCACCAUGGACAGCUUCGACUUCGCCCUGCUCCAGGAAUGGGACCUGGACUCCCUCUGUGUCUAUGAACCAGACAGAAAUGUUCUGCGGAGGAAAGAAUGGGAGAGGAGAAAUCAGGAGGCACAGCAGGAAGAUGGUUCAUUUAAUACCAGUUACUCCCUCUUCAGUGAACCGUACAAGACUAACAAGGGGGAUGAGCUCUCAAAUCGUAUCCAGAAUACAUUAGGUAACUAUGAUGAAAUGAAGGACUUAUUGACAGAUCGAUCCAACCAGAGUCAUCUUGUUGGAGUUCCAAAACCUGGGAUUCCACAGGCACCUGUGAACAAAACUGAUGAACAUUUCAUUGCAGAUUCAAGACCACAGCCUCAGCCUUCCAUCUGCAGCACUUCAUCAUCCAUACCAGCAGCUCUAUCUGGUCAGCAAAGCAAGAGCCCCACAAUGGGUUGGCAGAAAGCUGGGCAAAAUGCUUCUGAUGGCCAGCAGAGGGCAAGCAAGCAUGGGCACAGAUUGCUUGAGUCACACAAUAGUGACUUCAAAAUGGCUAACCAAAAAACUGGUCUGGAAAAGCUUAAACACUUUGCAUCGAGUCCCACAUCGUCAUCUGUCAGUGCAGCACAACAAGGUACUUUAAGAUCCGUGCUUGGAGACAGUGUCAGCAAAGCACAACAGCAGUCAAAACUAAAUUGCAGUGUAGAAGUAGGCUCUCAGGCUCAAGAAAGGCCAGCAAAACACAGCAGUGCGCACUGUGUUCAGAACUUCCCUCCUUCACUAGCUUCAAAGCCUAAUAUAGUUCAACAGAAACCAACGGCUUAUGUAAGACCAAUGGAUGGUCAAGAUCAGGCUCCUGAUGAUUCUCCAAAGCUAAAGUUAUCAGCAGAAGCUAACAAGCACUGUACAUCAUAUAGGGGAGUACCUUCUAAUAAGCCUGACCCAGCUGUGGCCAAGACCAAGAUGGCAAUAUUUAGCACUCCCAAGCAAGAAGAGGAGAGUGGAACAGGAGAUAACAGCUGUAUUGAAGAAAUUUUGCGGGAGAUGACCCAUUCCUGGCCUCCACCACUCUCAGCUAUUCACACACCUGGAAAAGUGGAACAGAGCAAGUUUCCAUUUCCAAACAAGGAGUCGCAGCAGGUGUCUACAGGACACAGCAAUCCAAGUAAGCAAUGUUUCGGUGAAACCCUCCCUGCAAGCCUAGAAGGCCUAGAAACAUCUGAUGCAGGGAAAGGUGAUGCUGAGCCAAAGAAUCCAGAAAACAGUGCAUCACAUACAUCAAUGCUAGAAGAUGACCUCAAGUUAAGUAGUGAUGAAGAAGAGAAUGGCCAGCAGGCAGCACAGAGAUCUGCUCUCCGCGUUCUGUCUGACAGCACUGUCGUGCCGCAGCCGAGUAGCAGAACCUCAGGAGUCUCCAGCAAGAGGUCAAGUAGCAGCAGCUCCAGUGAAUCCGAGAGCAGUUCAGAAUCUGACUCAGAGAGUGAAAGCAGUUCGAGUGAGAGUGACGGCAGCAAGCCCUCUCAUUACUCCAGCCCAGAGCCUGAGCAGCCAUCAUCAAACAAAUGGCAAUUGGAUAAAUGGCUAAAUAAAGUUAAUCCUCACAAAACAUCUAUUCUUAACCAAAAUGAUAACCAUGGACUGGAGAGCAAUCAGUAUUACAGCAGAAUAAAGGAGGAAGGACAAGAGUGUGAGAAAAUACCAGCUAUUUGCCAAACUGACCUCAGAGACAAGGAAAUUAAGAACUCCAGCAAAGAGGAGUUGAGGCCUAGAACUGCUAAUAAAGCACCAGGAAAUAAAGGAGGGAAGCAGAAAUCACCUCCUACGGCUGCUGCUGUUUCUGGAGACAGCGGCCCUCAGAGAAGGACGACUUGUAAAAAACAGCCAAGAAGAACAGAGAGGACCUCUGGUGGGGAUGCCUUGAACUGCCAUACAUCUGAGGAUCUCGCUUUGAGCCAAGUAUUUUUGGAAAAUAACAUCUGUGAACAACCUAAAGCCAGGCCCUGCAACAACAGAACUGGGCACAGAAAAGAGCCCCGUUCUGUUGCUGCAUGUGAAAAGAGACGUACCAGAGGGCCAAGCAAAACUGCACCCAAAUCCAAGGAAUUUAUCGAGACAGAGUCUUCGUCUUCAUCAUCUUCCUCAGAUUCAGAUUCAGAAUCCGAACAAGAGGAAUAUCAUCUGCCCAAACCUCAAACUGUGGCCUCUGCUUCAGGUGGAAGUGACCAGAGGUUGAAGGACUCCUUGAGCGGUAACACCAACAAAACUAACAGCAGCUGCAGUGCCUUUGGCUCCAUUAAUGCCAGGACUAGUAAUGAUAUAGCAAAGGAGCUGGAGGAACAGUUUUAUACUCUAGUUCCUUUUGGCAGGAAUGAGCUCCUAUCUCCUCUGAAAGACAAUGAUGAGGUAAAAUCACUGUGGGUCAAAAUUGAUUUGACUCUUUUGUCCAGAAUUCCAGAGCGUUUACCUGAGGAGCCACUGGCAAUGAGCACUGGAGCAAAAGAAGAAGCCAGCCUUCAGCAGAAUAAUUGUACUUACCUACCAUCAGAAAAGGUUGUGCCAAAAUCUAGAAGGAAACGCAAGUGUGAAAAUGAAGAAGAGGACAGGGAGAUCAAGAAGACUCAUUUAGAGCAAGAGUGUUCUUCACGAUUAAUUGCCUCUGCCCUAGGUAUUUCAACAGCAAAUCAUUGCAACAGGAAUGAACAUAGCUUGGCGAUACCAAUAAAUAAAAAUGAGAAAAUGCUUCGGUCUCCCAUCUCACCCCUCUCUGAUGUAUCAAAACACAAAUAUUCCAAUGAUGAUUUAACUUCUUCCAGUAGACCUAAUGGCAGCAGCCUAUUACCUUCCAUGUCCUCCAGCAAAAAACAUAAGAGUGAAAUCCAGCCACAGCCACAUCCUGCAGACUGCAAUAAAGCAGUUCACAUCAAUUCAGAAAGUGUUCUCUGCAACAAGCCACACUCCCAAACAGAGUCUUGGCCAUCUUUAUCCAGGGCACACAAAGACUGCAGAACAAAGCUCAUCUUUGAUGAUAUACCACGCAAUGCAGAUCACUUUAUGCAAGAAGCUAAACGGAAGAAGCAUAAAGCAGAUGCAAUGGUGGAGAAAUUUGGAAAGGCGCUGAAUUACGCUGAAGCAGCAUUAUCAUUUAUUGAAUGUGGAAAUGCUAUGGAACAAGGCCCCAUGGAAUCUAAAUCCCCUUAUACAAUGUAUUCAGAAACAGUUGAACUUAUCAGGUAUGCUGUGAGACUAAAAACCCACACAGGACCUAAUGCCACUCCAGAGGACAAACAGCUAGCAGCAUUAUGUUAUCGCUGUUUGGCACUUCUGUACUGGAGAAUGUUCCGACUCAAAAGAGACCACGCUGUAAAGUAUUCAAAAGCACUUAUUGAUUAUUUCAAGAAUUCAUCAAAAGCUGCCCAGGCUCCAUCUCCAUGGGGUGCCAGUGGAAAGAGCACAGGAACUCCAUCCCCCAUGUCUCCUAGCCCUUCUCCCGUCAGCUCUGUAGGAUCCCAGGGGAGCACCGGUGCCCCUUCCCCCUCUUCCACUAUCAGCAUUCCACAGCGUAUUCAUCAGAUGGCAGCCAAUCACGUCAGUGUCACCAACAGCAUCCUGCACAGCUAUGACUACUGGGAGAUGGCUGACAAUCUAGCCAAGGAAAAUAGAGAGUUUUUUAAUGAGUUGGAUGCAUUGAUGGGACCUGUCACCCUACACAGCAGUAUGGAGCAUUUAGUUCAGUACACUCAACAAGGACUUCACUGGGUACGGAAUAGUGCUCACGCAAAAGACUGUGUGCCAUUCAAAUGAACUGCAUAAUCUCCCAUGGACGAUUCAGUUAUUCUGGACACUGUGCUACAGAAAUAAUCAACCAUAGCAUCCAAACAAAGGUGAAUAUUUCUUCAACAUUGAACAACAUUUUUCAGAGUGUAGACAUAUAUCUGUGUCUGUAUAAUAUGCAGCUAUGUCUCUCCAGAAUGCAUUGUUCCAUAGCAAUCUCCAAACAUUGUCAUACUCUAGACAGAACUGACCACAGAUGUCUUAAUACACACACACAUUUCUUAUACCUGUGCUUAGAAAAACUCAGAAACCAAAAUCUCAUGAGUUAAUUGAACCAAGUGCAAUAAACACAAUGGCUCCCAGUCAGGAAUGCACUUAAGUGUGUGCUUAACUUUAAGCAUGUGCUUAAAUGCAAUUGACUUCAGUAGAACUUAAACAUGCACUUAAAUGCUUUCCUGAAUUAGGGACAAUGAGAGUCUGACUGGCCGUUUGGAUGCUCCAUAGAACUUUCAGUGUUCUUAUUUCCCUCUUAUUUCCUGAUUGGGAUGUAUGGCUGAAUUGUGUAGACUGAAAAAAUAUGGAGCAAGAAAGCAUUAACUUUUGUGCAAUAAGUUUCAACAGCUUGCAUUCGUUUCUUUAUUUCUCGGCUUUUGAAAUUACCUGACCUCUUGUUCAGCCUCCUUAUGCACUAUAAUGAACAUUAUCGAGGAAACAGUCUGAAAAAUGGGUGUAUUGAUAACAAGAAACUAGAAGAGAUUCUGGAAAAUUGUGUACUGUCAUUACAGGCAAGAAGAUAACACAAAAAUACUGCAAACUGUAACCCAGCUAGCAAAGAAAGUCCAUUUAUUGCAUAACCAAUUUAUUUGAGCAUGAGCUUUCGUGAGCUACAGCUCACUUCAUCAGUCUGAUGAAGUGAGCUGUAGCUCACGAAAGCUCAUGCUCAAAUAAAUUGGUUAGUCUCUAAGGUGCCACAAGUACUCCUUUUCUUUUUGCGAAUACAGACUAACACAGCUGUUCCUCUGAAACCUGUCAUUUAUUGCAUGUGCAUAUAUGUGCACACACAUACACACACAUCAAUGACAUUUGUUUGCUGUGUGCAGUGAGGCUUCACCUUGCUGGCUCUGGUUUUGAUGUCUUUUCCAUCUUAAAGUAGCUUACUUGCAGUUUCUUCUAGUCUAUAUCAUGCCAUUACAUGAAAUUCUCUUUAUCUUGGAAAGCUGGGUUUGCUGCUCACCAGACUAAGCACUGUUUCCUAUCAUAAUCCUCUCACUCGUCAUGCAUAAUCCUCCACUAGGCUUUAAUGUUUCUUGAUUUAUGGGGUGUUUUCAGCUCUUGUUGACAGGCUGUGUUUUUUGUGCCAAGGGAAUUUAUCCCAAAGUAAUUGCAAUUAAUUUGGAUCAGCUGAGGCCAUGGCCAGUUCAUAACUAAUGUGUUGUGUGCAUUUAGUGGAUUUUUGUUCUUGGUUAAUUUCAUUUUCACUUCUCUGGAAACAUUUGAUUGUUUUCAUCUGAAAUGUAAUUUUAUUGGUUAUUUUGCACCCAGUCCUCUAGCCUUUACUCAUGCGAGUAGCUACAUUAACUUCAGUUGCAUUGCUCAAGUAAGAGUCAAUGAAUGGCCAUCUUCAUUGCUACCUUCUAGUCAGCUUUAUCUCAAUAUUAGUGUGAUGCUGGUGCAAAAAUAUCUGCCAGUAAAAGUUACAUAUCAACAUGUCUGAUGAGUUGCAUUAGAAACCACACAUCAAAUAAUUUAGCCAGAGGCAGAUUAAAGUUUCCUGGGGCCCUGGGCCAGAGCAAGUGGGGGGCCACAUCUCACCCCUUCCACCUGUGGUCCCACCUCCAUUCUGCCCCCUCCAUAUGUGACCCCACCCCUUUAUGACCCUUCCCUCCCUCCCCUGCCAGUCCACUCAGGGUCUCCCCAUUGCACUCCCCCACACUGUGGCCCCAAGACUUGAGACACUCUGGCCACAGCAGGGAGUGAGAUCUUCCCCAGCCCUGAGGCCAGAGCAGGUAGCAAGAGCUCCUCCAGUCCUGGGACCGCAGCAGGACUUCCCCUGCCACCCCCCGGCUUCUGCCGGGAAUGGGAUCAGGGGGCGCUGGGGGCUUCCCUGUGGACAGCCGGCUUCUGCCAAGAUUGAGGGGCACUGGGGGCUUCCUUCGCCAGAGCACCUGCCCGGCACUGCCACUAGGGAGUGGGGUCUGGGGUCGCAGGGGGUUUCCUCUGCUGCCGCGCCCAGCGCGGCUGCUGGGGAAUGGGGAUGCUUCCCUCGCCCCUGCCCUGUCCGCCUGGCGCUGCUGCCUGGAAGUGGGGUCGGGGCGCGGGGGCUUUCCGCCACUGAAUUUAGUUUGUUACCACAUUAAAAGAUUUGCGGUAAGACAAUGGGUAUGUCUACACCGCCGCUGCAGGUGUCAUGUCCAGUGUGGGUAGACGUGCACGCACUAGCUUCUAUCAACAUAGCAGUGUAGCUGCAGAAUGGGAGGCAGCAACCCCAUCCGAGACCCUAGGUAAAUACUCUGGCAGCUAGCCCACACUGCCACGGCUACACUGCUCUUUUGAGUGUACGAGCUCCACCAAGGCUAGUGCAUGUACAUCUAUCUGAGCUGGAAAUUACCUCCUGCUGCAGUGCAGACAUACUCAAUGUCAUGUCAUCAGAUUUCACUUUGUUGCAUGUUGCAGAAAAAAUACGAAUCAUUCAGUUACAGUUGUUGGAAUGUAACUUGGUCAGUGCCUAGCUGAUUAUUACCUGCCUGAUGUCUGGUUGGGAAAGUCGGCCAGUGAUUUCCUAGAUGAGGAAGUGAUUUAAAUCCUUUUAAUACCGUGAGUAAUUUGGUUCUGUUAGGAUAGCAAUGUGGGAGAAGUGGGAUGCCUGUUAAAUUUGCUUCUGCUUUCUUGGUGGUUGCUUUAUCAUUUGUCUUCAGAUGUGGGGUUUGGGUUUGGGGGUUUUUUGGUAUUUCGGAAUUCUUAUCACUAUUUUAUGCCAGUUAAAUUAGAAGCAACAUAUAUUCCUUGCCUUACACAGAUUUUAACUUGGCAUUGGAGUUUCAAGUAAGGAACUUUGAUUCACAUCUCUUGUGCUGCGACUGGGGAUAAAUUUUAUUAAUUAUGAGCUCUUUUGGAACUUGUUUGGCUGCAAUGUGUAUAGCAAUCACAGAAAUUCAGGAAGAGUUAAUGUCCUCUUAUUGUAACAUGUUUCCUAACUACUAAGGUUUUCUUGUAGAUUUGUGCACUUUCUUUUAAGCUGUUUUUAUGCUGAAUCAUUCCAGCUAAAAUACCCAUCAAGUGCCACGGAAAUGGUACAUUGAUUGUAAGUUUUGUGCUGGAAUCACUUACAUUGAACUCGUGUAAACAGAAGAAACUCCACUGAAGUCAAUAGAGCUGCGCCCAUUUAGCCCAACAGAGAAUUGGGCCUCCUGUCCACAAUGCUCCUUACAGGUGGGCAUUUUGAUGAGGUUAGAGCAUGCAGUUCAACCACAGGCACGUUGCUUUUGUACAGGUUGCUUUUGGUCACGAUUGCUGCUCUUCAAACAACUACAGGUGGGUACGGCAUGAUAACCAAAGACACUUCGUCUCAUUCCUUUGGGGCCUGAUCCUGAAAAGGGCUGUGUGGCGUCGGGCCCUGACCCAGCAAAGCUCUUAUAGAUUCAUAGAUAUUUAGGUCAGAAGGGACCAUUAUGAUCAUCUAGUCUGACCUCCUGCACAACACAGGCCACAGAAUCUCACCCAUCCACUCCUGCGAAAAACCUCUUACCUAUGUCUGAGCUACUGACAUCCUCAAAUCAUGGUUUAAAGACUUUAAGGAGCAGAGAAUCCUCCAGUAUGCACUCUUAAGUCUAAGCAUCCCUUUAAGUAUAUAAGUAGUCCCAGGCAUUUCAGUGUCAGCUGAGGGUUCUCAGCACGCUGCAGGAUCAGACCCUUAGAGACGGCCCUUACUUUGCUUGCCACUUGCAAAGGCACGUCUUGUUUGUUUUAAUUCAUUGUUUCAAGUCCCCUGAGAAUGAUAAAGGCUCCCUUCUCUUGCAUUAGAGAUUCCAUCUCAAUAUUUCAGAGGUGAAGAUGUCAACCUGUACAAAUCCAGCUCAAAAGCAAAAUUAUGCUUGGAGGGAGAGGUUUGGUAUAAAACAGAAACUUCUGAAUGUGACAGACAGCUAGUCUACCAGCUGACAAGUACAUGCAGGCAUGGGAAAUCAACUGGAAUAUUAUCAAAUAAAACGUGUGCCACAGGUAGACCCAAAGGCAAUACAAUUUGGUUUUUUGCAUUAAAAAUGUCCUGAGAUACUCUGAGAUGUUCACAAACACCAAGUCAAUGAGAUAUUCAGACACACUUUGGCCUUGAUCCUGUAAGAUGUGCAGCAGGGAGUGCAAGGGUGAGUGGAGGAUAUGUAUAGGUUCAAGUAUGGUUGACCACUGAGCAAAGGCAUCUAUAUUGUAUGGCGGUAAAUCCCAAGCCCCUUCCACAGCCCUUUCUUUAUUCUAAAUCUCACAGGGUUUAACAGGAAGGGGUGUAGGCAGAUGUUGGGCAUGUGAGGAGACAUGGUACUCAGUGUAGGCCCAGAUCCUCCAAGGUAUUUAGGCACCUAACUCCCAUUUAUUUCAAUGGGAGUUAAGUGCCUAGUAUCUUGGAGGAUCUUGGCCGUAUCCCUCAGCGUGCAACACUGGUGCUUAGUUAUGUGCUCCUUGUCUGAGCUUUACUUCUGCUACUGGGAGUAACUUGGCAGCCUGGAAAGCAGUAUUCUCAUUAAUGCAGAAUCAGAUUCCCUGCUCUCCUGGUACUGCUCAUCACUUUUUACCUUUAUUUCCACAUGCAGCAGUCUUCCCCUGCACUGUGAAGGAUCAAGCCCUCAGUGUACGUAUGCAUACAUAUCUAUACACUCUAUAGCUAAACCAUGAAAAAGUUCAGUCAGCACAAAGGAUAUUACUAGUGCCUCCCAUUGAUCAUUGAGUACCUGUCACUGAAUGGUCAUAUCACCUCAGAAGAGCAGUAAUUGUUAUCAAGGUAAAGUGUGCAGCUAAUUAAUUUGUAACACUAUCACCUUGGGAAUGGUGCAGUCGUAUAUCUUUCAUAAUGCCAAUUUUCACCCAUUUUUCACAGCUCUGAUACAAAUCUGCAUAACUAAAAUGUCAGGAUAUUUUUUUUAAAAAGAAGACAUACACUUAGACCUGGCUAAUCUGUGCUUAAAGUCUCUUGAGUAGAUAAACUACUAGACACCAGUCUUAAUGCCUAUACAGUGUAUACUAUUGAGUGACUUAGUCGCAGUGUUUAAUCCAAAUGAAAUUGGAAUUUGCAAACUGACUUAGAUUAACUACAUCUGCCACGGCUAGGUUGCAGAUGUGACAUUAAGUGAUUAUGGUUUUAAACAAAAGAGGUUGAAUUUUAUGUAAAGAAUAGUGACUGAAUUCCUUAAUCUUUUUAAAAGAUUUUUAAAAGAACAUCUUGUCAAAAUUAUGUGUUUUUUAACUUUCCUAAAAUUUCUGGAGGGUCGCUGGUUCUCGGUCAAAGCUGUAUUAAUGACAUUUCUCUUCUACAGUAUGUCCGGUCUUUGCAUAAUCCACUUAAUACGUCAAAAAGAAAUGUUUCUUUUUUAUAAUGAUUGCAGCACUCCCCUCUCCCAGUUCAGUGGAAAACCCUCAGACUAAAGAAUAAAAUCUCCUUGCACGUUGCUGGCACCAUACACUUAACAAUGACUGAAUGAAUUUGUUACAAUGAUGAUAGAAGUAUGGCUGGCACAGAUCUAAAAUGUAUUUCCUUUUGAUAACUUUUUGUAAAGAUUUACACCAUGUACUCAAACUGAUUCCUUAUUCAGAUGGAGAGAAUUACCUGACUUGCAUCCUAUAAAUAUGUUCCAGCUCAGAGCACGAUCAGAAUCAUUAUUAUUACACGACUUGGUACACUGGUUAUGCGCUAAAGAGUGGGAACAUGCAUAGCAAUGGGUGAGCCCCAUCUGAAUCCAUUCGGAAAAGCAUCUGGAUGUUUAUUUGAAGCUGAUCUAAACAUAUGAACCUCUUUGCUUUGGUCAGGAAAGCUACCUGGAAAGCUGGUGAGAACACAAGAUUCUCAGAGUAAAAUCCUGGCUUCACUGAGUACAGCUACACAGCAAAAAAAAAAAAAAAAAAACCCCACAGCUGCAAGUCUCAGAGUCCGGGUCAACUGACUCAGGCUCACGGGGCUCAUGUUAUGGGGCAGUGUAGACAUUUUGGCUCAGUCUGGAGCCUGGGCUCUGGGUCCCUCCCCCCGUACCGGGUGGGGGAGGACCACUGCUGUGUAGACGUAUCCAGUGAAGUCUAGGGCAAAACUUCAAUUUCUUUCAAAAGAGCCAGGAUUUCACACUUGAUAUUUUUUAGUUACCUUGUAAUAAACUGUUUUCAAGAUCAUUUAAAGUUCUUGGGAAAGUCACUUAGAUCCCUAUUUCCCCAGACACCGGGAUAAUCCACCUGAGAUCUGAAACUCCCCACUGUUUCUACACAAUAUUCUCUCAAGAAAGCAUUAUUCGUCCGCCAGGAAGGAGUCAGGUAUCUCCCCACCCCCUUCACCUGGGGAUAUCAAAUAUCUCCCAAAUCACCCCCUUGCCUCCACUCUGCCAUCUGACCCAAGCAGCUGCUUCUAACCCCUGGAUGAUCCCAUGUUUCCAGGGGCUUUCCCUACUGCAACUGACCCAAAACCCAUCCCUAAAGGGGGGGUUCACAGCCCAGAGGGGAAAGCAAAGCAAGUAACCAUGGAUUUCAUUAACUUACACAGCUUUUCCCCACAGGGCAUUUCCUCCAAGGGCACAAGCUCCUUUCUGGGCAGGUGCACAGAGGGAGGCAAAGUGCUGCCCUUUCCCUAUGUGUAAAAUGGGGGUGCUAAUAAUUUAUUCAUGUUUUGUAAAGCACUUUGCAAUCCUCAGCUGGAAGGUGCUAUAGAAGUGUUAAAAAUCACUGUAAAAUGUUAAGUCAUGUGAGUGAAUUUCACUCCUGGGCAAGGGGCCAAUCCAAGGCCUUUGCAUCACUUAAACCCCAAAAUAGGAAUCCUUAAAGCUCUUAAAAUAGGGCUGCAGUGGUGCAUAGGCCUUGUGUGGGGCCUUUGCAUGGGGUGAAUUACACCCUAUAUAAAAAUGCCGAGUAUUAUUAGUAUUACUUGCUAGUUUCAUUUGGAUCAGAAAUAGCAUGAAGACAGCCCUUCUUGAAGUAUUUAUGUUUUGAUCUUAGUAGAAACCAGGCCAUACCAACUCACACACAAAUGUAAAUAGGACAAAAAAAGGUUAACCAAACUAUCUGUUCCUCCAAAGAGUUCAAAUGGACUUUGAAUUUCUCUGCGCCAGUUUGUCCUUCCCCGAAAGAAAUAUUUUUUUCAGAACUUAUUGUCUUUAACCAACAGCAUCAUAAAUGUUCAAAUUAUUUGUUUUCCCCAAUCCCCAGAUUCAUAGCCUAAAUGUUGUCUUUCACAGUGGCGCAUUGCAGAAUGGACUAAUCUCUUUAUCUGGCAUAAGAAGAAUUAUGUAACUCUCACAAAAUAUUUCCAUCUGUCCAUGAGUCAUCUGUAGUUAAUUGGCAUGGCAAGUCAAUUAGGGAGACAUUUUCAGCAUAAUGCACAGGGAGUUAGACUCCCAACUCCCAUUAACAUUAAUAGGAAUGCCAGGGUUAAAUGCCCAGGCUCCACGUUACCAAUUUCCCUCUAAAGGUCAAUAGCAAAACACUUUGAUUCUGAAGAAUGACUACCAGUCAGAUCAGCAAUGGACUCACUAUUACUGCUCAAACCUCAGUAAGCAGGGGAGGUUAUAAACUGAUGUGUCUCUAUAGCUCUGCAUAUUAUUUGGGUCACACUAAAUAAUCCCACCAUAUUAGUCUUUCUUUUCUUAGCAACAUCAGUUUUCAUAGCUUCCCCUAAGGUGGCUCCAUUCUACCUGCAACUCUGGUCUCAUUACCCCAAGAGACCUUUGAAAGAAAACCUUUCACACAGGAGGAAGUUAGCAAGAGGUUCAAUUUACCCAAAUAAAUAUAAUUUGGCUAGUAAUUUUCUACUCUUUUCUCUUCUCUGUUAUUGAAAGUAUUUGUGUUUUUAAUAAGGACUUUUCCCCCAUUGCCUAGAUUCUUAGACCUGCCUAUAUCCUGUUACAAAACGAGUAGAUUUUCAAUCUGCACAAAGCGCUGGCUGAUGACACGGGGGCUUCCAGCUCCUCCCUAAAAUCAUACCCCAAUGAGUUAAUUCAUUCUAUUGACCUCCCCCCGGCCGCCCAUCAGUUCAUUUUGCCUCCGCUCAGCCCCACAUCUUCCCUCCUCCCAGCGCACCUCCUUCACUCUGGAGGUUUUCUUUACACUUCCCAGGCCUGGGGCUACAGGGAUAAGGAGAAGAAAAGGGGAGGAGCCAACAUAUUAUCCACCAGAAGAGAAGGGGGAGGAGGGAGCAGAGCCCCUCUGAGUCGCUGGACUCUUUCUCUUCCCUUCUCCUUCUCAGCCCCAUUGUAUCACCUUUUCCCUCCAGCCCUAACAAAAAACUUCUGUCUCCUAAGGGGAAAGGGAGAGGUCCGCUUGCCACAUGCAGCAGCUCUGAUUGGCUGCCCCGUUCCAGGAGGCAGGAUGGGAAAUGUUGAAGGAAGGGUUCCCUGCAGUGCUGUAGAAGGGACUGAAAAGUCUCAGAAUUGGCAAGUCUGGAUACUCCAUGUGACUCUCCAGGCACUGUAGGCAGGAAGAUUGCGGUGAUACCUCCUAGGCCUAACACACAUGCAUUGGCUUACAUUUUGUCAUGAUUUUUUUCUUAAUGGGCCUUGCUGUUUUAUGAAUUUGCACAAAGAUCACUGGGAUUUGCCAGUGUCAUGUCUGUGCAGGGACUUAUUAUUUUAGGUCUUAGAUGUCACACAUUUAGCAUCAUGAAUUUUCAGCAGGAUCAAAUAGAAAGAAAGAGAGGAAUGGGAGUCCUAGUUUAAAUACAAAGGGACUUAUGUAUAUGCUGUGAUUGAGGAACUGCCAUAGACGUCAAUACAUGUCCUAUGUGGCAGAAUGAGAUUCAGCUAACUUUGCGAAUUUUGGGAACUAGCAACAAUGUUAAGAAAAAUUGCAGAAAAACAUAUAAAAAGUACAUUUUUGCUUGAUGAGCUCAAGGGUGCUCUCAAAUGUAUUUGACCAGCAGUUCUCAAACUUCAUUGCACCACGACCCCCUUCUGACAACAAAAAUUACUGCAUGACCCUAGGAGGGGCGACUGAAGCCUGAGCCUGCCCAAGUCCCGGUGCCCUAGGCUGGGGGAGCCAAAGCUGAAGCCCAAGGGCAUCAGCCCUAAGUGGGGAGCCUAUAACCUGAGCCUCGCUGCUGGGCGGUGGGGUUCAGGCUUAGGCUUUGGCCCUGGCAAAUCUAACACCAGCCUUGGUGGCCCCAUUAAAAUGGGGUUACGACCCACUUUGGGAUCCCAACCCACAGUUUGAGAACUGCUGUAUUAGACAUAGGCCAGCUUUGGUAUAAGUGGGCACAAAUCCAAUAAGAUCAGUCGUUACACCAGGGCUGAAUGGGAGCUUUGAUGCCAUUAAGGUUACUGUGUUUUGCAGUGUAGCAAUGUAGGGUCUAGUGCACUAAUCCUUCAUACAAGUACAAUUUAUAAACAGAAGAAGAAGCUUUUGUGUGGGCUGUGAAAGAGAUUAAGUUGGCUAUUUUAAUCACAGGCCUGUAUUAUGUGAAUGCUUGUACAGUAUAACUGAGAGGUACAUUGCAUCAUUUUAUGGAAAUUGAGAGGCAUGUCAUUGAUUCAUCAUAUGACACAUGAGCACAAACCCAGAUAGACAAAACUGUGAGUUCAUUUGUGCUGAACAGCUGAGCAUUAAUAGCGGGCUGUUCACUACCCCUAGACCACAUGUUGCACUCCAGUUCAAGUCGUGGAAGUUUUGUGUACAGCUCAAGGAUUGAAUAUGGCCUUCUGAUUUUAAUAUUUGUGAAUUGAUCUUUUUUAUGCAGUUCCAUUAGCAAAUACUGGCCACACUAGAUUCGUUUAUAACCAUUGUUGGAAAGUAUGGCUGUUAAAAACAUGCCAACGUCACUUACAUCAGUUUUCUUCUUUUUUCUGUAUUUAUUAUUAUUAUUCAUUAACAUCUGUAUUGCAGUCGUGCCUAGGGGUUUCAGCCACAUCAGGGUCCCUUUGCAUUAGGCAGUGACAAAGACAGAGUAAAUGACCGUCCCUACCCCCAAAGAGCCUCCAUUCUGAAAAAUAAGACAUAACGACAGGUGUAUGAGACAAACAAGCAAAUGGGAGGGAGGGAGGACAGGAUAACAAAAACAACAGAUUGCUUUACCACAGUCUGGCUGUACGUGCAAUUUUUAACAAAUCUGUAGCAAUAAUCACAGUAGCAGUAACUUUCCUGUCUGAUCGUUAUGUUAACUAAUGUUCAUCAUGGAACAAAUCUGUAAGCGAUAGUGGCUGUCUGACCUAGUUGUACAGACUCCUGUUUUAUGACUAGAAUUAUUUUUGUACCCAGAUUCAGAGAGCGUAACUCCAGAUCUCAUUUAUGCCAACUGUCAGCAAAUUCCUGUAAAUCAUAAUAUUAUUAGACUCAAUAUCAGUUUAGCUCUACUCCUGUCUGAUUAACAGCCAAAGCAAUAGUGCAGCAACUUUCGAAUGGGCAUUCUGGAUUUAGCAUUUUUUUAGUACCUACACGACAUAAGUACAAUCCCUCUACAUGUCCCCGUAUAACAGGUAAUAUUGUUUACACAGCUGAACAAUUUAGUAAAUGGGAAUAUUCUGUACAGUAAUUUAUGCUGUAAAAUAUGUACAUAUAGCCUUGUAGCAUUCAUGAAUGGUUGGAAGUGCUUUAUUUAUUAGAUCAGGUGGCAUUUUUCCCUCAUUCUAGAAGACUUAACAUUAUUUUUUUUCUGAUAGAUUAAUUUUUGGCUAUUUGCUACUACAUUUUGACCCAGUUAUGGAAAAAUUAUUAUUUACGGUAAAUAGCUAUUUUUUUAAAUUUAAGUAGGAAUAGUAAAUUCACUGUCCAUCCAAAUAAUAUAUAGCUGAUUAUGACUAAAAGUAAAAAUCAUAUACUCGUAUCUGUGUAUUAUAGUAUAUGCUAGAAAUCAUAUGCCAUAUGUGAUUAAUACAAACAGCAAGAGCUUUCAUCUGCUCCAUUCUUCCUCUUUGAGACCAAAAACAAUAAACCAUUUAAUCUCAAAUGAUUCUCAAGAGAGCCCUAUUUCAUUCCUUCCUCAGGCAAAGUUCUCAUUAGUUUCAGUGGGAGUUUUGCCUAGUAAACAUGCAACGUAGGGACCUCAAAAGAAUAAAUGUCUUGCUUCUGAACAUUGCUUGUGCGUGGUAGUCAUCCAAAUUUUUUUUGAAAGAAAUAUAAAGUGAAUACUACGUCAGUACUAUCCUGUAUCUCUCUCUUUCCUUGCUGUAAAAGGGAGGCACGGGGGAAGAAUUAAAUUCAUAAACAACUGUAUUUGUUCCAUUUCAAUGAGCAAAAUACAUCAGUUCCAUUUCAGGUUAAAAAUAAAACAAAGUUUUUUGGGAUUUCAGUUGCUUUCGACUCUGUUACACAGUUAAACAAGUUCACAUGUACAAAAAUCAUGAAAUCAUUGACAAGUUGUUUUACUGUUUGGAGAUUUUGCUGUUUCUACAGUUCAUACAAAACCCAUGUAGCACAGUUUCUGGAAUGGUGAAGAAUCCUACUGUAAUGUAACAGAAUGAGCCUUAAGGAUUUGUAAGAAUAAGCACUUUUAUAUUAAAAAGUAAAUAUUAAUUCAUCAGUAAGAUUACUUUUUUAAUGUGACAAUAAAUCAUGAAAUCGA